UCUCCGGACGAGGGACACUGCAAUAGGGAUUUGCAGUUACCAGCGCUCUUUGAGGAAAGUGACAAAUUGUAUUCCAUAACAAGGGAAAAGACCGAACCGUAUAUGAACGGAUAGCCAACUUCUUCUCUGCUUUGGAUAUAACUUGCAGGUCAAUAGAGGAUCAGUGGGAAUGCCGAAAAAGAAGAUGCAGCAGCACUCCUGGAUGGUCUCUCUCCUUCUGCUCAGCUCGCUCACCGAGGUGUUUGUUACGGCUAGCCCUGAGACCAAUGGAAGCCACCAGCAGCAGACUCAUCAUGUGUACUAUGACAUUGGCGUCACCAGGAAUAAGAUAGUGACGGCACAGUUCGAGUGCUACCAGAGAAUCUUGAAAGACACAAGCCAGAAGAAAGCUGGGCCCGUGUGCAACAAGACGUGGGAUGGCUGGCUGUGUUGGGACGACACCGAGGCGGGCGUCACCUCCGAGCAGCACUGCCCAGACUACUUCACCGACUUCGACCCAUCUGAAAUGGUCAGUAAGAUCUGCAACGAGAAUGGACACUGGUUUCUGCACCCCGACAGCAACAGGACCUGGUCCAACUACACCAGAUGCAAUGAGCACACCAAGGAAGGAAGAAUAACGGCACAGAACUUAUUGUACUUAGCCUUAAUUGGACAUGGCCUUUCUCUAACAGCGUUGUUCAUUUCAUUAGGAAUAUUUUUCCACUUCAAGAGUUUAAGUUGCCAGAGGAUAACCCUGCACAAAAACCUGUUCUUCUCCUUUGUCUUAAACUCAGUCGUCACUAUCAUCUGGUUCACCGCUGUGAUAAACAAUCAAGAGUUAGUGCAGAGAAAUCCUGCCAGCUGCAAAGUGUCUCAGUUCAUCCAUCUGUACCUGUUUGGGUGUAAUUACUUCUGGAUGCUGUGUGAGGGAAUCUAUUUGCACACUCUCAUUGUGGUGGCAGUGUUUGCCGAGAAGCAGCACUUGAUGUGGUACUAUCUGCUUGGCUGGGGUUUCCCUCUAAUUCCAGCUACUAUACAUGCCAUAGCACGCAGCUACUACUACAAUGACAACUGCUGGAUCAGCUCGAAUACAUCACUACUAUAUAUUAUUCACGGUCCCAUUUGUGCGGCGUUAUUGGUGAAUUUAUUCUUCUUGCUGAACAUCGUGCGCGUCCUCAUCACCAAGCUGAAGGUCACUCACCAGGCCGAGUCCAGUCUGUACAUGAAGGCGGUGCGGGCCACUCUCAUCCUGGUACCCCUGCUGGGCAUCCAGUACGUCCUGCUGCCCUACAAGCCCCAGGGCCGCGUGUCGUCCGAGAUCUACGACUACGUCAUGCACAUCCUGAUGAACUAUCAGGGGCUGUUGGUGGCCACCAUCUUCUGCUUUUUCAAUGGGGAGGUCCAGGCCGUUUUGAGGAGACAUUGGAACCAGUACCGCAUCCAGUUCGGCAGCACGCUGACCCACUCGGACGCGCUUCGGUCCGCCUCCUACACGGCCUCGUCCAUCACAGAGGUGCAGGGCUGCUACAGCCUGGACAGCCACUCAGAACACUUAAAUGGCAAAGGCUGCCAUGACAUAGAGACAACCAUUUUCAAAACGGAGAACCCUUUCGCUUAAGCUCUGCCACACUUCUUGGUCUUACCUGUUUUGGGACUGAAGGACUCUCUUCAUGGCAUUACUUGCUAUACGUGCACUGUGGAAGGACAACAGUGGACAUCGGUCAUGGGGGUGGGUUAAAAUGAUCACACUGUAUAAGAUGUUACUUCACUUUCUCUGUGAAAUGAACUAGGCACUUGCUUUCCCCUGGGGCUCCACAUGCUACAGUACCAUCCAUACUUGGCCUGGUCACAAAAGUGUAAAAUAUUUGAAAGCUGCUUUUUUUCCCCCUGACUAAGAACACGCUGGCCUAAAUAUACUGGUUAUUCCAAGUGGUCCUUACACAUAUACUUUCGUCUUUGUCUUUCGUCUCUGGGCUGUUUUCACAAAAAAGCAUGAAAUAUUGUAUGUAUGUGCGUAUGUACUGUAUGUGUGUGUGUAUGUAUGUAUGUAUGUGUGUGUGUAUGUAUGUAUACGUAUGUAUGUAUGUAUGUAUGUAUGUAUGUAUGUAUUGUAUGUAUUGUAUGUAUGUAUGUAUGUAUGCGAGUGAAUGGCAAAACAUACUCUUGUAACAUGUUUUGUACAAAAACACACUCUUUUCUUAUUUGUUUCAGUCACAACAAAACAGGUGAUUAUGAACAUGUCGAGACGACAGAUGACAGUGUUGACAGAACUCAUGUUUGUCACAAAUAGUUGCCAUUGUCAUUGAUCACUUACUCUACAUUAAGCAUGAUGUUUUGAGAUUAUACAAGAUAGGUCUGUAUUAUUUUGAGACAGCGUAGAGUAGGAGUUCUGACAGGAGAAAGAUAUUCUUAUCUGCAAUCUACAUUUAUCUUUUGAACACUCAUAAUCAUUUUGUGUAAUAUAGGAAGAAAUUGUUUACGGAAAGAGACUGCAGCCACAUUCAGUUUUCAAACAAAUCAAAAGAAUACUGCCUAUGACAAGAAAUUCUUUUUACGGGUUAUGGUAUUUAUACGAUUUAUACAGUUUUAUACAGUUUCUUGUAUACAAGUGUAUGCAUAUACAGUUUUUGUUGUGACAUAAUAUGCGAUGAAUUGUGCUGCCAUAAUUUUACACCAUGCACCAGAUUUAGCUUAGCAUAAUGAACCCCUUAUUCACUCAUAUUCAAAUUACUGGGUGGGUGUUUCAUUUUACACUUAGAAAGGUACAGUCACACCAGUUUACAGUGAUCUAAACGAAUAGCUUUCUUCCUGCUACACAUUGCCUUGAUUCCAGUUCCAGUAUUUCUAUUGAAGGAACACUUGUUCUGGCAACUGAAAAUUGACUCAUAAUGUCUUUAUAUUGAGUGCAGUCACAUUGCCUUACACAUGAUAGAAGUACACAAUAUAUGUUGCCAUUCUAACACAUCAGUUAAUGUUACAAGUGCAUCUUAUAGUGUUUUGCAAUGUGUUAUUUAUGUCCCAUAUCUAUUGUGGCAUGUAUAUUCUGUUUGUUCUAAUAUUUUUAUUAUGGCUUGGACAAAUUACAUUUUUGUACAGAUGACAAAAGGACAACCUCUCAAAUUGAAAGAAACUAUGUAAAUACCAUUUUUUCCAACAUCAUCUGGGCAAAUCGUGGAUUUUGUGUAAAUAUAGUACAUUUUUGAGCACGGAUAUCUAUGUCUAUCUAGGUGUCCCAAGUUUGAAAGAGUAAUGCUUCAGACAAUUUCACCAUCUACUGUACCUGCUGUCCCUGGUCCUCAAACUGCAGUUGACCUGGAAAGCCUCAGCAAAAUGUUGAAGUAACGUAUGCAGACAAUGAUGACAUGAAAUGCUUUGGUGUAUUGUUUGUUCUAAAGCGAAAUCAUGAGCCAAAUACCACAACAUACAGUAUACUGUCCGUCUGGUAUGACCGCUGCUACGGAACUAUGCCACUCUUAUUUAAUUCAACCCAUGCUUGCUUUUGUAAUGGUAUGUGUGUUUGAAUUGGUUACUCCAGGGCAGUUGUAAGAAGUAUCAUCACAUGAUGCUUGGCCUUUAUCGAAGCAUUAUCUCAUGCACAAUUUUAAUGCAUUGGAACCCAACCACUUUGUGUCUCCAUGUUGUUUGAAUAGUCUGUUCAUUUCUGGUGUAACAAUUUGUAUAUCAAUGAAUGUGAGCAAUGUUGCAAUUAUGUAUGUAUAUUACCGUGCAAUUACAGAGUAAGAGUAGCACUGUGUACUUUCAUGACUCUUAAUAAAUAUAUUUUCUAACUUA